CAAAAAAUGGAAAGGAAAGCUUAGCAUAGCAGUGUUGUGUUGUUGUUAUUCCCUUCAAGAUCCUUCCACUGCACAAUUCAGAGAAAUGGUUGAUUUCAGAAGAAGAUGAAUUGAAUUGAUGAAGUUGUAACUGUGAAGUAGAAGAAUCGUAAUCUCACUCGAUCGAUCGAUCAAUCGAUGGGUUGGGGAAGAGGAAUAUUCGAAUCCACGGUGGUUUUGGGAUCCCUAUGCUCACUCGGUUGGGCGGGUCUCUGGUUCCUCAACCGUCGUCUCUACAAAGAGUACGAAGAGAAACGCGUCCUCGUUCAGAUCAUCUUCAGCGUCGUCUUUGCUUUCUCCUGCAAUCUCCUUCAACUCGUCAUCUUCGAAAUCAUCCCUCUUCUCUCCAAAGAGGCCAGAGUUGUCAACUGGAAAAUCGACUUGUUUUGUUUGAUUCUGUUGCUGGUUUUUCUCCUGCCUUAUUAUCAUUGCUUCUUGAUGCUUAAGAACAAUGGUGUUAGAACUGAAAGGGCUGCAUCUGGAGCUGCUUUGUUCUUGCUCGCUUUUCUCUAUGUCUUUUGGCGAAUGGGCAUUCACUUUCCUAUGCCAUCACCUGAUAAAGGGUUCUUUACUAUGCCUCAACUUGUGAGCAGAAUUGGGGUCAUUGGUGUUACUGUUAUGGCUGUUCUGUCUGGCUUUGGAGCUGUCAACUUGCCCUACAGUUAUUUAUCACUUUUCAUCAGAGAGAUUGAGGAAACAGAGAUCAAGGGAUUGGAAAGACAACUCAUGCAGUCAAUUGAGAGUUGUAUAACAAAGAAAAAGAAAAUUAUUCUUUGUCAAAAGGAGAUGGAGCACAAGCAAGGAUCUGAGGAGAAGUUAAAUGCUAGAUCUUUAAUUAAACGCAUAGUCGGUACGGUCGUUCGAUCGGUGCAUGAAGACCAAAAAGAACAAGAUAUCAAAGGGAUGGAAGCAGAGGUACUGGCUUUGGAAGAGCUUUCAAAGCAAUUGUUCUUGGAGAUCUACGAGCUUCGUCAAGCAAAGGAAGCUGCUGCUUAUUCUCGAACAUGGAGAGGACAUAUGCAGAAUCUACUAGGCUAUGCUUGUUCUGUUUAUUGUGUGUACAAAAUGAUUAAGUCAUUGCAAAGUGUUGUUUUCAAACAGAAUGGUUCAGUUGAUCCUGUGACAAGGACAAUAAGUAUAUUCUUACAGUUCUUUGAUAUAGGAAUCAAUGCAGCAUUAUUAUCACAGUACAUUUCCUUGCUAUUCAUUGGAAUGUUGGUUGUGAUAUCAGUGCGUGGAUUCUUAACAAAUCUAAUGAAGUUCUUUUUUGCUGUUUCAAGAGUUGGAAGUGGAUCUUCAAGCAAUGUUGUUCUGUUUUUGUCUGAGAUAAUGGGAAUGUAUUUUCUAUCGUCUAUUCUUUUAAUCAGGAAAAGCUUGGCUACUGAAUACAGGAUUAUUAUAACAGAUGUACUGGGUGGUGAUAUCCAGUUUGACUUCUAUCACCGGUGGUUUGAUGCAAUUUUUGUGGCUAGUGCAUUCCUUUCGCUACUUUUACUAUCUGCACAUUAUACAUCUCGUCAAAUUGACAAACAUCCAAUUGAUUAACAGGAAACAUACGCCCUAGUUGCAUGUAUAGUUUCUAGUGCCAUGGAAGGUAUGAUAUCAGGUCACUAGCAUGCAGGUUCAAGAUGGAUGCAUUCAAAUUAAUUUGAUAACUUAUAAAGGUUAUUUGUUGCGAUUUGCCAGUGAAUAGAAGAUUAAGACAUCUGAUGCUAGAAGAAAUCAUUGGUGAGAGGGUUUAUGAUGUUGUUUGUUAUAUCAACAGAUGUGCAUACUGCCAAAUUUAUUAGAAUUAGAAUACCCAUUUUUUGGAUUAGCUUCUUUUGAAAGAGGAAACUUCCUAGCAGAAAUAUUGUGUGUGUUUGGUUUUCAGUUUGCAAAACGGAGUUUGAGUGAAUGUGGGUUUGCAAAACAGAGUUUGAGUGAAUGUGAGUUGAAUGUAAUGUGAUUUAUGUUUGGAUACUUUUAUUUUAAAAGUAAGUUUGAUGAAAAGAAUGUUGUUUGGAUAA